GCUAGUGUACUUUGACCAGGAGCUCAUUGAUGUCUUGGACAGCUUCCUGAAGGUCAAGGGCAUGGAGUUCUCUCCGCAACAGCUGGCAAACGUUGCCUGAGCCAUGGCCACAAUUGGCUGCAAUCACUCUCCAAUCAUAGGUGCAAUUGCUGAAAGUGUUUUGCUAAAGAUCACAGCGAUGAGCCCACAAGGUGUGGCCAACAGCGCCUGAGGCUAUGCCAAGCUCGCUGUGCGACACCAGCGGCUGCUGGACUCCUUGGCCGUCGCAGGUGUCAGGCGAGUUGCGGCCUUCGAUGCUCAGAACCUUUCCAACAUGGCCUGGGCCCAUGCGAAGAUGAGCGUUUCCCAGGAGCCCCUGCUGGACGCCAUCUCAGCGGAAGUUUGCCGGCGCACCUUGGGGCCCAGAGAGUUGGCAAACCUGGCCUGGUGCUUCGCAACUCUUCGAAGGUGCCACGCUCCGCUCUUCGCCGUCCUCGCCGCCGCCGCUGCAACGCUGCCGUCCUGGAAGGCGCUCGACUUAGCCAACGCUGCGCGAGCCUUCGCCGCAGCCAGGGCGUGGCCACCAGUGCUGCAACGGGCGGUGGCGCAACGGAGCGUGGCGUGUCUGGAGCUCAACAUGGAAAGCCAGCCCUUGGUGAACUUGGUGGGUUUGGACCUGCCAGCACCGGAUGGAAAUUACCUCCUCGAGACACUGUUGAGGAGAGUGGAUGCCUUCCACAACGAAUGGAUCAAGGAGGAUCCCUUUUCUCCUUGCAAUGGGAUCUUGCUCCGAUGGCACAUUGACAACUUUGGAAUUCAUGGAACGACCUAUUUGCUAAGCAAAUUGGGGAUCCAGAAGCCGGAGAAGGGCUUCCUUGAAACAGCGGAAGCCUCCACAGCGGCUGUGCAACAGGGAGAAGAUUGGCGACAAGAGCGCUUUUUUGUCAAAGACAGAGUGAGCUGCUAUUUGGAAUACCGGAUUGGUCCUGAGCCAGCUCCAUUAAAAGGUUCCUUCGUCAAGGAGAACCGCUUCCACGGCGAGGGAACGCGCGCUGGGUGCGCUGGUUUGCUUCGGAGCUGGGUAUUGCCCAUCAGUGGCGUGGUGGACAGGAGCCUUUGCGCAGAAUUUCAAGCGCUCUCCGAGCUUUGUGAUCGAUUGGAUGCUGCGCAGAAGGAGCCUCAAGCCACUCUGGCCCAGGAGGUGCUGAAAGGGUCAGGGACCGUGUGCCUUUGGACAUCUAGCGCAUCAUGUCUUUCUUGCGUCAGGGCAAUGCGUCAGUUUCGACGGAUCUUCCCGCAGCUACGCCUGAAGGUUUCGUUUGGACCCAUCAAGGGGACCGAUGCUUGAACGGCAUGAUCCAUGACGGGAAAAGAGACGGCUG